AUAACAAAGUGUGAAGGUUGUAGAUUGCAGACAAAUGCAGUGUUGUCCUUAAGUUAACUGUCUGUUCAGCCGCAAUGUCGUUGUCCACGUGGAUAAUUGUAUUUCUGAUUCUAGGUAACACAAUUUCAAGGAUAGCUUGUUCAUUGCAACUGGUUAAGGGCCAAAAUGCUUGUUCUGGGAGAGUGGAGGUUCUUUAUAAUGGUCAGUGGGGAACAGUGUGUGAUAAUGGCUGGGAUCUAUCAGAUGCUGCAGUGGUGUGUAGAGAGAUGGGCUGUGGAAGUGUUAUAGAGGCAAAGACUGGAUCUUAUUUUGGACAAGGUUCAGGAUCAAUAUGGAUGACUGAUGUAAAAUGUGUUGGAAAUGAGUCUACACUGAGCAGCUGUCAGUCCAAUAAAUGGUCUAUGUAUGGCUGUGACCAUUCUAAGGAUGCUGGAGUCAUCUGUCAGCUGACCUCAAUCUUCAGGUUGGUGGAUGGCAGGGAAAUUUGUUCUGGACGAGUGGAGGUUCUUUAUAAUGAAACAUGGGGAACAGUGUGCCAUGACAACUGGGAUUGGUUAGAUGCAAAUGUGGUGUGCCGUGAACUGGACUGUGGAGAUAUUAAAGAGACAAAGGCCGGUGCAUUUUUUGGCCAGGGCACAGGGCCAGUAUGGUUAAGUGAUUUACAGUGUACUAAUCAUGAAUAUUCAUUGAGAAACUGUAAAUCAAGCGGAUGGGGACAAAACAGCUGUGAACACAAUAUGGAUGCUGGAGUUGUCUGUAAGGGCAAAACUAAGCUGGUUAAUGGCAACGACGCUUGUUCUGGGAGAGUGGAGAUUUUCCAACAGUGGCAGUGGGGAACAGUGUGUGAUGAUGGCUGGGAUGAAUCAGAUGCUGCAGUGGUAUGUAGAGAGAUGGGCUGUGGAAGUGUUAUAGAGGCAAAGACUGGAUCUUAUUUUGGACAAGGUUCAGGAUCAAUAUGGAUGACUGAUGUAAACUGUGUUGGAGAUGAGUCUACACUGAGCAGCUGUCAGUCCCGUAAAUGGGAAAAGACUGACUGUGACCAUUCAAAGGAGGCUGGAGUCAUCUGUCAGCCACUCAUUAGGCUGGUAAAUGGCCUUAACUCUUGUUCUGGAAGAGUGGAGGUUUUCCAUGAUGGUGAGUGGGGAACAGUGUGUGAUGACAGCUGGGAUUGGAACGAUGCAACAGUGGCAUGUAGAGAGAUGGACUGUGGGGGUGUUAAAGAGACAAUGGGUGGUGCUUUUUUUGGACAAGGUACAGGGCGAGUAUGGUUAAAUAAUUCGGAGUGUUACAACACUGAAUCUACACUAAGAAACUGUCAGUCAAGUGGAUGGUUACAGAACACCAUUGGACAUGAGAAAGUUGCUGGAGUUGUCUGCCACUCCAGAACUAGGCUGGUGGAUGGCUUCAGCUCUUGUUCUGGGAGAGUGGAGGUUCUCCGUAAUGGAGUAUGGGGAACAGUGUGUGAUGAUGGCUGGGAUGUAUUAGAUGCUGCAGUGGUGUGUAGAGAGAUGGGCUGUGGAAGUGUUAUAGAGGCAAAGACUGGUGCUUAUUUUGGAAAAGGUCCAGGAUCAAUAUGGACGACUGAUGUAAAAUGUGUUGGAGAUGAGUCUACACUGAGAAGUUGUGAGUCUCGUAAAUGGGGAGUGGCUGACUGUGAUCGUUCAAAGAAUGCUGGCGUCAUCUGUCAGUCUCACAUUAGACUGGUCAAUGGCAGUCACUCUUGUUCUGGGAGAGUGGAGGUUCUUCAUGAUGGUCAGUGGGGAACAGUGUGUGAUAAUGACUGGAAUAAUUUAGAUGCUGCAGUUGCGUGUAGAGAAAUGGGCUGUGGAAAGUUUAUAGAAGCAAAGACUGGUGCUUAUUUUGGCCAGGGUACAGGACAAGUAUGGUUAAGUGAUCUACAAUGUUACAACAGUGAAUUUACACUGAAAAGCUGUAAAUCAAGUGGAUGGGGAAAAAGCAGCUGUGGACAUGAGAAGGAUGCUGGAGUUGCCUGUCAGCCCAAAACUAAGCUGGUGGAUGGCUUCAACGCUUGUUCUGGGAGAGUGGAGGUUUUCCAACAGUGGUACUGGGGAAAAGUGUGUGAUGAUGGCUGGGAUGUAUCAGAUGCUGCAGUGGUGUGUAGAGAGAUGGGCUGUGGAGAUGUUAUAGAGGCAAAGACUGGUGCUUAUUUUGGACAAGGUUCAGGAUCAAUAUGGAUGGCUGAUGUAAACUGUGUUGGAAAUGAGUCAACACUGAGUGCCUGUGAAUCUCGUAAAUGGGGAGUGACUGACUGUCACCAAUCAAAGGAGGCUGGAGUCAUCUGUCAGCCCCUUAUCAGGCUGGUAAAUGGCAGUAACACUUGUUCUGGUAGAGUGGAGGUUUUCUAUGAUGGUCAGUGGGGAACAGUGUGUGAUGAUGGCUGGGAUCUAUCAGAUGCAAACAUUGUAUGUAGAGAGAUGGGCUGUGGAGAUGUUAUAGAUAAAAAGACUGGUGCCUACUUUGGUCAGGGCUCAGGGCCAGUGUGGAUGAGGGAUUUACAGUGUGAUAAAACUGAAUAUACACUAAGAAAUUGUAAAUCAAGUGGAUGGAGACAAAACAGCUGUGGACAUGAGAAAGAUGCUGGAGUUGUUUGUCAGCCCAAAACUAAGCUGGUCAAUGGCAUCAACUCUUGUUCUGGACGAGUGGAGGUUCUCAAUGAUGGUCAGUGGGGAACAGUGUGUGGUGAUGGCUGGGAUGUAUCAGAUGCUGCAGUGGUGUGUAGAGAGAUGGGCUGUGGAGAUGUUAUAGCGGCAAAGACUGGUGCUUAUUUUGAACAAGGUUCAGGAUCAAUAUGGAUGACUGAUAUAAACUGUGUUGGAAAUGAGUCUUCACUAAGCAGUUGUGAAUCUCGUAAAUGGGGAGUGACUGAUUGUGACCAUUCAAAGGAUGCUGGAGUCAUCUGUCAGUCUUUAAUCAGGUUGGACAAUGGCAUUCACUCUUGUUCUGGGAGAGUGGAGGUUCGCUAUAAUGGAAAAUGGGGAACAGUGUGUGAUGAUGGCUGGGAUCUAGCAGAUGCUGCAGUGGUGUGUAGAGAGAUGGGCUGUGGAGAUGUUAUAGAGGCAAAGACUGGUGCUUAUUUUGGCCAGGGAUCAGGGCCAGUAUGGAUGAGUGAUUUACAGUGUUCUAACAAUGAAUCUACACUGAGUUAUUGUCAAUCAAGUGGAUGGGGAACAGGCAGCUGUGGACAUGAGAAGGAUGCAGGAGUCAUCUGCGGACUUCGUGUUAGGCUGGUCAGUGGCAGUGACUCUUGUUCUGGCAGAGUGGAGGUUCAACAUGAUGGUCAGUGGGGAACAGUAUGUGAUUAUGGCUGGGAUCUAUCAGAGGCUGCAGUGGUGUGUAGAGAGAUUGGCUGUGGGAGAGCUCUGGAAGCAAAGACUGGCGCUUAUUUUGGACAAGGUUUAGGAUCAGUAUGGAUGACUGAUGUGAAGUGUGUUGGGAAUGAAUCUUUUUUGACGAGCUGCCCAUUUAACUCAAGUUCACUCGGCUGUGGCCAUGAGAAAGAUGCCGGAGUCAUCUGCGGAUAUGUUCAUGUACGUUUGAGGAUUAAGGUGAAGGUUGCCCCUGGAGUUGAUCUAAAUAAUUCUACAAUCAAAUAUAAACUUCUGAAAGAGAUUGGGAGGAAGGUAUCAACAAAUCAACAGAUUUUCCCCCUCAAAUGGAAAACUCAGUCCAAUGGAAUGGUCUUCCAGAAGAUACAUUAAUUUUUACACUGACAGGUUAUUGUUGGAAUACAAAAGAGAACACAAGCACACACACUAUCUUCUAGGAUGCUGAAUGCUACAUUCUUCUAUACUCCUACUCUCAACAUUUACAAAUAAAAUGGAUAAUUAUGUUACAUGCUUUUUCUGUUGUUGGUUUUAGGUGCUUCCUAUAUAUCUGUGAUUUCCUGCUAAAAAUGAAAGCAUCUUUUUGUUUUUAGAUACUGACAUUGUUUGGAUUCUUUCUGUCCUAAUUUGGUAACCAAGAUAUAAAUGUAAUAUAGCCAUCUUGAAACAGAUUUAAUAAAACUUUCUAUAUUG